AUGGCAUGGUCCGAAGCAAUCGCAACAACUCGCGACGGAGGAUUGGAAGAGUUAGCCCAAAUCGUGGGCAAAUCCGCCACCAACCCGCUUACUCAGAGCACAAUGACUUCCUCCGACAACAGAUUCAAUGAGGAAACGGAUGAACGAGAUACUCCGUUUCGCUGGCUUACACCACGAAGGCGUGGCCCCGCAUUCUUCACGAAAGUACGAGACUUCUUCAGAUACAGCGCAAUGGCCUGUCAACUGUUCCAGGCAGGCUCACAGCCAUCUCAACUCAACUACUUCAAUACACCCAUCACCCAAACCGACUACUUUUCGCAAGACGCCGAUCUGAAAAUGACAGUCGCGUCGAUACCGCUAUGGUUCGUUUCGUCAGUGAUAGAUCGAUUUGCGUGCUCGUGGGGAGUUCCCCUUCUUUCGUCGUUCUGCUCGGACCCCGCUUUCCUUGUGCCAUUCGUCAGCUCACAAGUGAGGCUUGGUUUGCCAGCCUUGUUACAUAUCACCGGUACCUUCAUCUGCUGUUUUGCCUUCGCAUUAGGAGUAACUGGACAUCUCAGGAAAACGUGUUUCACAUUGCUUUCCUGUAUCAACUACAUAUGUGGAAGU